AUGUUCGCGUGGGCCCCAAGCAAAUCAUGCCAAAAAAACUAUGCGACCUCCGAAUUGUUUACUUCGGAGCCCCCCCCCCCCACCUCCGUUUUGUUUACCACCAGCUCUGACCAAAUUCCUCCUCCCAAACGAGUGGCACCCCCUACUUCGGCACACCUGAGCGGUCCGCGACUGGUGUAUUCCCCAAACCAGGCAAGGCUUCGGGGCCCGCUCAACCACGCGGUAGGGCACAGAGUCGUCGGGAGGGGGAAGUCAUUCAUGCUCGCCUUACAGAAGCACGUAUUGGUCCUUUUAAUAACCCCUUAUUAUUAUUUUGGGGGGCAUGGCAAUACGAUGAUGUUACUUAACUUCCUGUGUUGGACGCAUAUUGAAGAGUAA